AUGAAGGCUCUGGAUCGGAGUUUUGUGUGGUGGGUCAAUUUGGAUAAGGACGUCGAAGAAUUAGUCAAGACCUGUGAGCAGUGUCAGAAUGCAAGACACCGCCCAUCUACCACCAACCCACCACAUUCGUGGCUGUAUCCAAAUCGUUCGUGGGAAAGAGUUCAUUGUGAUUUAGCAGAAUUCGUCCAUCGGCAUUCGACACCAGCUCACACCGCCGUACCAUCCAGCCUCAAAUGGGCAGGCGGAACGACUCGAUCAAGAGUUAAAGAAGAGCCUCAGAGAACACUGUUUUCACACUUCAAGCUCAAUCAGAGUAUGCAAAAUUGA